AAUGAGAGAUGAAAGGUGGUUACAAGCAGUGUGGUAGGAGACAGAAAUCCUGACAAAGGCCUACCACAUCUCACUCUAUCCCUCCUCGGUCCUCAUUUCUCUCUAGCCUGUGAAAACUGAAAGAGAGACAGGCUCAAAGGGCACGUUCAAAAGGACCAAGAUCUUUGGGGUGUACAGUAGUGUAUGAAACCCCAAGGGCGAAGACAAACAAGAAAGGAGGCAACGGCCUCCCAUAUGAUGUGAACCUACCUCACUAAUCUCUCCUUGUACCUGAGCUCUACUCACCCUCAUGGUGCAAGGUGAGGAGAGUUCGUGGGGGAUGGCAAGAGAUCAUGGUAGAGCUGUACCAUUCAGCCAAGCACUUGCAUGUGGGAUCCAAAGCCAUGCUCCGGAUGCACCACCUGCCAACUUCUUGGAGUUGCAACCUGCAGCUACUGCUUACUUUGGUGAGUUGGAGGAGGCCCUUAUCCAUGGCAGCCGUACUGCUGUUGAUAGCAUGAUUGGAAAUGAUGUGCACACAACGUUUAAGACAGCAGCUAGGCCCCCAACACUGAAGAUCUUCCCUUCAUGGCCAAUGAGUCAUCUACAGCAGCCAUACAGUGGUAACUUGCUGUCGGUAGGGAGCACCACUGACUCGAGCUCAGGUCAGAACACAAUGCCACAGGCCGAGUUCGUGUCCCCAGUGAACAUUAGGGCCGACUCUGGGCUGCAGCAGGAGGUUUUGAUGGUGACCGUUGAUGAUUACAACUACGAGCAAGGACUUGGAGCGACAGCAGCCACUGCACCAAUCUUUCAGCAGCAUACAGCAGGCCAAGACAAGAGGAAGCAUGGAUCCACAAGAAAAGAUGGCAAGCUGUUAGAUGCCAAGAUGGAAAGGCGAUUGGCUCAGAACAGAGAAGCUGCAAGAAAGAGCAGGCUGAGAAAAAAGGCCUAUGUGCAGCAGUUAGAGACCAGCCGGAUUAGGCUACAGAAAAUCGAGCAGGAGCUACAGAGACCACGCUCACAGGGCCUGUUCCCGGGAGGAUGCAGUGCACCCGGAGAUACGAGUUCUGGUGCUAUUAUGUUCGACAUGGAGUACGCCCGGUGGUUACAUGAUGAUAGCAAGCACCUGACAGAGCUCCAGGGCGCACUGCACACCCAACUCAUCGAUUCAAACCUUGGAGCCCUUGUUGAAGAGUGCAUGCAGCACUACGAUACGCUGUUUCAUCUGAGGGCUGUGCUUGCAAGAUCUGACGUGUUCCACCUGAUGACUGGCAUGUGGGCAACGUCGGCUGAGCGAUGCUUCCUUUGGAUGGGCGGGUUCCGGCCAUCUGAAAUCCUCAAGAUGCUGAUACCUCAGCUUGAUCCACUGACGGAGCAGCAGCUACUAGGGAUGUACAACCUGCAACAGUCGUCGGAGAAGGCUGAGGAGGCACUUGUGCAAGGACUUCAGCAGCUGCACCAGUCGCUGGCGGAUGCCGUGGGAACUGGUCCUCUCAAUGAUGGUGCAAGUGUUGUCAACUACACUGGUCCUCUCAAUGAUGGUGCACUUGACAGGCUCGACAGCCUCGAGAGCUUUUAUCGUCAGGCUGAUAAUCUGAGACAGCAAACCUUGCGUCACAUGCGGCAGAUUCUGACCACCCGGCAGACAGCUCGGUGUUUCCUCUCGAUUGGAGAGUACCAUCGCCGUCUGCGCGCUCUCAGCUCCGUUUGGGCUUCCCGUCCUCGCGAGAACUUCACUGCGGCAGAGAAUGUCAGCCCUACAGGGACUGAGCAAGCUACCCAUCAGUACCAUCAAAGCCAGUUUUUUGGGUUCUAAAGGUUCUCCAUGAUGAAACAAAUUCUGCCAUCGCUGGUGAGGAGGCGACAGAUUUGUAAUGUUCCAUCAUUUAAAAUAUCCAUUGGGACAUCACUAGGAAAAAGGGGGCAGAAAGGUUGUAGGGCAAGGGGGGGAGUUGGGAUGAGUCACUUCACUUAUUUUGCUCGACUGGCUCUUGAACCGAAUGAAAGGUUAGCGCUUCUGAAAAA